UUUCCUACACUUCUCUCCAGCAGCACAUAGCUCUCCCCUAGCACUAGGCUGUUUCAUUCCCCAGGCUUUGUUCCUGCAGCCUCCUCUGACAACAGUCUCCCUUCUUCCCACUGAGUAACUCUAACUCAUCUGUUAAGAUUCAGUUCAGGGGUCACUUCUUCCUGGAAGCCUCUUCCACAUCAGUCACCAGACAAGAUAUUGGUAUCAACUUGACAGAUCCUGUGUUCAGAGGAAUUUAUAGAGGGGUUCAAAAGCAUCAAGGUGCUAAACAAAAGCUUCUCUAAAUACAGGGAAUGUUAGAUGCCACUUGCAAGAAGAAAGAUGACUUACAGGAUAUAAUAGAGAGAGCUGUCCAGAUUGGUGUUAAAAAGUUUAUGAUUACAGGUGGAAAUCUACAAGACAGCAAAGAUGCACUGCAUUUGGCACAAACAAAUGCUAUGUUUUUCAGUACAGUUGGAUGUCAUCCUACGAGAUGUGGUGAAUUUGAAAAGAAUAACCCUGAUCUUUACUUAAUGGAGUUGCUAAAUCUUGCAGAAAACAAUAAAGGGAAAGUUGUAGCAAUUGGGGAAUGUGGACUUGAUUUUGACCGACUACAGUUUUGUCCCAAAGACACGCAACUCAAAUAUUUUGAAAAACAGUUUGAACUUUCAGAACAAACAAAAUUACCAAUGUUUCUUCAUUGUCGAAACUCACACGCUGAAUUUUUUGACAUAAUGAAAAGAAAUAGAGAUCGGUGUGUAGGUGGAGUGGUGCACUCAUUUGAUGGUACCAAGGAAGCAGCAGCUGCUUUGAUUGACUUGGAUCUUUACAUAGGAUUUAAUGGUUGCUCACUGAAAACUGAAGCUAAUUUGGAAGUUUUGAAGUCAAUACCUAGUGAAAAGUUAAUGAUUGAGACUGAUGCACCUUGGUGUGGAGUCAAAAGUACACAUGCUGGGUCAAAAUACAUAAAAACUUCAUUUCCUACCAAAAAGAAGUGGGAAAAAGGGCAUUGUUUGAAAGACAGAAAUGAACCCUGUCAUAUAAUUCAGAUACUGGAGAUAAUGUCAGCAGUAAAAGAUGAGGAUCCACUGGAAUUAGCCAAUACACUGUAUAAUAACACCAUUAAAAUGUUUUUUCCUGAUAUGUAAUUGGUAUGUGUCUUCCAUUUUCCAUCAUGUAUGUAAAAUUUCAUGGUAAACUUACCAAGAGUUUCAAUAAAGGAAUUAUCUAGAA